AUGGAUCGACAACAACGAUACAGCAUUCUUUACUCCGGUGCUAUUCAGUCCGCGAGCACUAUCUGGCAUGUCAGAGAAGAACUUGGGAAGAUGGGAGAUCUAGCAAAGAUGUUAAGACUCACCGAGCACGAAACAUUCUCGAACAUGAGCGCCAUUUUCCGAGCGGAAUUGAUCAUGCAAGCUUUCAAGCGUAUGCGGGGAGAAGUCGAAGACCUGAUAUGUCAAUGGGAGAACGUCGUCUGCGAAGACUCUCCACCUGACGCUGAAAGAACGAAGAAGCUGAUGGAUCUUCUGGGGCAGGUUAUCCCUGAUACCAUCGAGAAAGGUGUGAAGAAGGCUGUUGCCGAAUUCUGGAAGAAGAGGAAACGCGAAAGCAUCGAUCGUAACAAGCGCAACCCAAACAGGUACUUGACGGUCGACACAGGCCACUUUCUCAAGGCGUUACGCGACGACGUCGUUGAACACGAGAAAGAAUGGAUGGGACAGAAAGAUUUUGAGGAUCGCAUUACCCUUGUCAGGAAGCGUGCCCUGGAGGUUGAGGAGCGCGCCCUCGAUGUUGAAGUGGAUGAGCUCGCCCGCGUUGUCAGGUAA